UUUGACUGGGUAGUGUGAACUCGGUGCGUUGUUGUAUAGGUACUCUGCUUUGGGUCAAUUAGUUUGAGUGAACGAAACAUUUUGUUUUUUGUGGAACCCAAAUUCUUGACAUUUGUAGUACGUUCUCAGCAAAUUCGUUGAAAACGAUUUAAGCUUGGUGGACAUUACAUGUAGGGUGUGUGAAUGAUGAGUCUUUGGGAUUGGUUGUAUAGGAUGUACUAGUGUGCCAUGCUCAUGAAAGGUGGGCAGGAAAUUUGGUUGUACAAACAAGUUUUUCCAAGUAGCCCGAGUUGGUGUUUUUUCCACUAGUAGUUUUGAUGAAUUAGGAAUUGGAAGAAGAUUGGCAGUGGAAGUGGGUGAUGAUAUAGUUGGUUUGAUUUUGUGUAGUUAAUGGCUGGCUCAGAUCCAUCGUGAAUUUGGUUCUGAACUGGUCAUGAUAGUUUUGUAGGCGGUGGUAAUCCCACAUCCAUAUAGCUUAUUUGGUGAAGUUUUGUUUUGGAAAUAGUGAGAUAGGAUUGAAUAUUGAUACAGGUGUGAAGAAAUGGCAAGGACAAUGGGGGUUGGCGAUCCAUGGGCAGGAGACAAGAGGUCUUCUAGCAGAGCGUGGAGAUCUGCUAGCACUGGAUUGUGGACUGGUGAUGAUGUUUUUAGCAGGAGCUCCACUUUGAGGAGAGAGCAGGAUGAUGAAGAGGCCCUCAAAUGGGCUGCCCUUGAGAAGUUACCUACUUAUGAUAGACUGAGGAAGGCUAUUCUCAAGCAGGUCAUGGACAAUGGGAAUGUUGUUCAUGAAGAGGUAGAUGUCACAAGGCUGGGGAUUAAUGAUAGGCAUCAGUUGAUUGAGAAGAUUUUACGAGUAACGGAAGAAGAUAAUGAACGCUUCUUACUGAAGCUUCGCGACAGAAUUGACAGGGUGGGCAUUGAUCUGCCUAAGAUCGAAGUGCGAUUUGAGCAUUUGACAGUGGAUGCAGAUGUAUAUGUGGGAGGUAGGGCACUUCCGACAUUGCUCAACUUUACUAUCAACACUUUGGAGGGUAUGCUCAGCAACCUUCACCUUGCCCCAACAAAGAAACAAGUCUUGAACAUACUUCAUGAUGUCAGUGGUGUAAUCAAACCUUCUAGAAUGACUCUGCUUCUUGGGCCUCCGAGCUCUGGAAAGACGACUUUGCUGUUGGCUCUUGCUGGGAAGCUCGAUCCUGAUCUCAAAGUCUCUGGUAGAGUGACCUACAAUGGUCAUGAAUUAGCCGAGUUUGUACCUCAAAGAACAUCAGCUUAUAUUAGUCAGCAUGAUAUUCACAAUGGAGAGAUGACUGUUAGAGAGACUUUGGAUUUUUCUGGCCGUUGCCAAGGAGUUGGUACCAGAUACGAUAUGCUUACUGAGCUCUCAAGGAGGGAAAAGGAAGCAGGAAUUAAGCCAGACCAUGAUAUUGAUGUUUUCAUGAAGGCUACAGCCAUGGAAGGUCAAGAAACAAAUCUGGUCACAGAUUACGUCCUUAAGAUUCUCGGCUUAGACAUCUGUGCAGAUAUUCUAGUCGGUGAUGAAAUGCGAAGAGGAAUUUCAGGAGGUCAGAAGAAACGAGUCACAACUGGGGAGAUGUUGGUUGGACCUGCCAAAGCUCUGUUCAUGGAUGAAAUAUCCACUGGAUUGGACAGCUCAACAACUUACCAAAUUGUGAAGUGUCUACGCCAAUCUGUUCAUGUGAUGGAUGGAACUAUGGUCAUUUCUCUGCUACAACCUGCCCCAGAGACAUAUGAACUGUUUGAUGAUAUAAUUCUUCUCUCAGAAGGACAAAUUGUUUAUCAAGGACCGCGGGAAAGUGUUCUUGAGUUUUUUGAGUUCAUGGGCUUCAAGUGUCCUUCAAGAAAGGGUGUUGCAGACUUUCUGCAAGAGGUGACAUCGAGGAAAGAUCAGGCACAAUAUUGGACAAACAGAAAUCAGCCAUAUCGCUAUGUUCCAGUCAACGAAUUUGCAGAAUCUUACAAUUCUUUUCAUGUAGGCCAACAACUUGCAGAUGAGUUAGCAGUUCCAUUUGAUAAGACGCGAAGUCAUCCAGCAGCUUUGGUCACCGAAAAGUAUGGGCUCACUAACAAGGAGCUAUUCAAAGCAUGCUUCUCUAGGGAAUGGCUACUGAUGAAACGAAACAGCUUUGUUUAUGUGUUCAAGACUACCCAAAUAUCAAUCAUGGCAUUCAUCACCAUGACGGUAUUCUUGCGGACAGAGAUGCAUCACAAAACAAUUGCAGAUGGAAACUUGUACCUUGGUGCCCUUUUCUUUGGUCUUGUUAAUGUGAUGUUCAAUGGAAUGGCUGAGAUGGCUAUGACAAUUGUCAGGCUUCCAGUGUUCUACAAGCAAAGAGACUUGCUAUUCUACCCUGCAUGGGCAUUUUCCUUGCCUAUUUGGGUUCUGAGAAUACCAUUGUCUUUCCUUGAAUCUGGAAUAUGGAUAGUAUUGACAUAUUAUGUGGUAGGUUUCGCUCCAUCAGCAAGCAGGUUUUUCCGACAGUUCCUGGCUCUUUUCUGGGCACAUCAGAUGUCCUUGUCACUUUUCCGUUUCAUUUCAUCAGUGGGGCGGACAAUGGUUAUUUCAAAUACAUUUGGAUCUUUUGCACUGCUGGUGGUUUUUGUCUUGGGAGGAUUCGUCAUUUCAAAAGAUUCUGUCCCUAACUGGUGGAUAUGGGGAUACUGGACUUCUCCUAUGAUGUACGGUCAGAAUGCAAUAGCCAUCAAUGAGUAUCUCGAUGAUCGAUGGAAUAGGCCCAACACUGAUAGCACAAUAGAUGAACCCACCAUUGGUAAAGCAGUUCUAAAGAGCAGAGGCAUGUUUACCCAAGGUUCUUUUUACUGGAUCGCCAUUGCAGCUCUAGUCGCCUUUUCAGUGUUGUUCAACAUUCUCUUCACAUUGGCUUUGGAGUACCUAAAUCCUAUUGGAAAACCUCAAGCCACCAUUUCUGAGGAGGCUCUUGAAGAGAAACAUGCCAAUCGUACAGGUGAAGAGUUAUCAUCUAGAGGAAGGACAAAAUCCAAAACUUCAGGCUUAUCAUCUCAUUCAUUGGGUGCAUCAGCCGAAGGUAUUGACAUGGCAGUGAGGCGGUCUAGCAUCUCCUCAGGUGGACACUCUGACCGAAUCGAAGCUAACAUCGAUGCCAGUGGUGUGGCUCCUAAGAGAGGGAUGGUAUUACCAUUUCAACCUCUAUCACUUGCAUUUGAUCACGUCAACUACUAUGUUGACAUGCCUGCGGAAAUGAAGAACCAAGGUAUUCCAGAAGACAGGCUUCAAUUGUUACGGAAUGUCAGUGGUGCUUUUCGACCUGGUGUCCUCACAGCUCUAGUUGGUGUCAGUGGUGCUGGCAAAACGACCUUAAUGGAUGUUCUUGCAGGAAGAAAGACUGGAGGCUACAUUGAAGGAACCAUCACUAUAUCUGGAUAUCCCAAACGACAAGAAACCUUUGCUCGCGUUGCAGGUUAUUGUGAGCAGAAUGAUAUCCAUUCCCCUUUUGUGACAGUUCAUGAAUCUCUUAUCUAUUCAGCAUGGCUUCGUCUACCUGGAGAAGUUGAUGCAGAAACAUGGAAUAUGUUUGUAGAGGAAGUAAUGGAACUUGUUGAGCUGUCACCUCUAAGACAUGCUCUUGUUGGUCUCCCUGGAGUGGAUGGCCUCUCAACAGAGCAGCGUAAAAGGCUUACUAUAGCUGUUGAACUGGUUGCAAACCCCUCCAUUAUUUUCAUGGAUGAGCCAACAUCAGGGCUCGAUGCUCGAGCUGCAGCUAUUGUCAUGAGGACUGUUCGCAACACUGUUGACACAGGGCGUACUGUUGUCUGCACUAUUCACCAACCUAGCAUUGACAUUUUUGAAGCGUUUGAUGAGCUUCUGCUGAUGAAAAGGGGAGGACAAGUCAUAUAUGCAGGGUCACUUGGGCGUCAGUCUCACAAGCUGGUUGAAUAUUUUGAAGCAAUUCCAGGAGUGUCCAAGAUUACUGAGGGUUACAAUCCGGCAACUUGGAUGCUUGAAGUUAGCUCUCCUAGUGCAGAAGUGCAACUUGGCAUAGACUUUGCAGAAGUCUAUGCAGGAUCCUCUCUUUACCAGCGGAACCAGGCACUUAUCAAAGAGCUGAACACGCCUGCGCCUGGCUCUAUGGACCUCCACUUUUCCACCCAAUAUUCUCAGACCUUCUUUGUUCAAUGCAUAGCUUGCCUUUGGAAGCAACAUUGGUCUUACUGGAGGAACCCACCAUAUAAUGUUGUCCGCAUUUUUUUCACUAUUGUCUCAGCCCUUAUGUUUGGAAGUAUAUUCUGGAAACUUGGAAGGAAAACACAGAAACAACAAGAUGUGAACAAUAUCCUUGGAGCCCUAUAUGCUGCAACAAUUUUCCUUGGAGUUAGCAAUUCUUCAUCUGUUCAACCCAUUGUUGCUGUAGAGCGAACCGUGUUCUAUCGUGAAAAGGCAGCUGGCAUGUACUCAGCUAUUCCUUAUGCAAUAGCCCAGGUUGCCAUCGAGAUCCCAUAUGUGAUGGCCCAAACAGUCCUGUACUGUUUAAUUGUUUAUUCCAUGGUUGACUUCUUCUGGACAGCAGCUAAAUUUUUCUGGUUUAUGUUUUUCAUGUUCAUGUGCCUACUAUAUUUCACUUUAUAUGGGAUGAUGACUGUAGCCCUAACUCCCGGUGCCCAGUUUGCUUCCAUUGUUUCCUCAUUCUUCUAUGGAUUCUGGAAUAUCUUCUCUGGAUUUCUCAUUAGUCGACCACAAAUACCUGUGUGGUGGAGGUGGUACUACUGGGCAAAUCCUAUUGCAUGGACACUAUAUGGUCUCAUUGUUUCCCAACUUGGAGAUCUGACCACUCCUGUAAUUGUCCCUGGUGACUCUGUUCAAAAGAGUUUGAAACAAUAUCUGGACGAUUCUUUUGGAUUUAAGCAUGAUUUCUUGGGUGUGGUGGCAACGGUCCAUAUAGGGAUAGUUGUCAUGUUUAUAGCAGUAUUUGCCUUUGGUAUCAAGUAUCUUAAUUUCCAGAGGCGCUGAGACAUUGCCAUCAGGGAUGCCCAAUCCCAAAGCGAGAGUUCACUUUUGAAUUUACCUGUAAAAAUAAAAAUUCUAUUUAUAUUUGUCUGGCAAUCAUAGCAGAGCUCAACAAAGCUCACUUUCGAAUAGGAAUAAAACAAUUAUGUUUUUGGGUGUACACUAAUUGACACGUGUCAUCUUGGGUUUGAUGUUCUUUA